GUUUGGAUGGUGGGUUCUAGCGCACUCGGGAAUAAUACCUCAUCCGGACUCUGGCUGCAGUGCAACAUGACCUGCAGGGCGCUGCAAGUCGACGGCAAUGAGGCUGCCCUCAAAGCCGUGCAAGCCUUUAUGAUCCUCUCAAUCAUUUUCUCCGUCAUCGCACUUGUCAUAUUCAUUGCCCAGCUGUUCACCCUGGAGAAGGGCAAACAUUUCUACAUCCCUGGAGCCAUCGUGCUGGUUUGCUGGCUAUGCAUUCUGAUUGGAGUCUCCAUUUACACAGCUCGGUUCACAGGCAAGACACUCCAGUACAUAAAUCCUCACUAUGGUUACUGCUUCAUACUGGCCUGGAUUUGCUUUUGCUUCAGUUUCAUCAUCGGCAUCCUCUACCUUGUUCUCAGGAAAAAAUAA